AUGUGUGCUCUGGGGAUCAAAUCCAUGCUGCCAGGCGCUUCAGGAGCUGCUUCGGGAGCCGCGGAAUACGGUUCAGACAUGGCCAAGUCCAAGAACCACACCACACCACACACAACCAGUCCUAGAAAUGGCACAGGCAUGCCAUCAAGAAACUCCUGGUCACAAAGAUACGAAUCUCUUAAUGGGGUCGACCCCAAAUUCCUGAGGAACAUGCGCUUUGCCAAGAAGCAGAAAAAGAAAGGCCUGAAGAAGAUGCAGGCAAACAAUGCAGGCCAUGAGUGCACGUACAGAGCCAUCGAGGUCCUUGUGAAGCCCAAGCUGGUUAAACCCAAGAUGCCAAAGGGUCCUGGCUGCAUACUCAGCUGUCUUGCUUUCAUAGCUCACCCCAAGCUUCAAAAGCCGAUUAGAAGCUACAUGGCCAAAGGUCAUAGGUUCAAACCAAGGCAAAGGCCUUAG